CCCUACCACUACGUGGUGAGGGACACGGAGCAGAAGGGGUUCUGUCUGCACGAUGGGCACCUGGUGGCCACCAGCCUGCAGGGUGCCAACGCUGCCCAGGAAGAACCCAUCAGCGUGGUGCCCAACCCGCACCUGGAGCGCCGGCGUUGUCCCCUCAUCGUGGGCAUCCGUGGUGGCACCCUGGCCCUCUCCUGCGGCACUGGUCCCGAGCCCCAGCUGAAGCUGGAGGAGGUGAAGCUGCUGGACCUGUUUAGGCGGGGGGCCGAGGCCACCCCCUACACCUUCUACAAGACCUUUGGUGGCUCCACGCACACCUUCGAGUCG